AUGCACGUGCACCUCGGUGGCCACGGUUGUGCUCGCUCAGGUGGUACUGGAUGCCAACCGCCUACCCUGGCUAUUAUUUCUCUGACGCCCCGUGCCUUCACUUUCCCUAUUGAUAAAAGCGAAGCCUAUCUCCGGCAGCUCGCGCUCACCCCUUCACAACCCACUCUCGUUCGCACUCUUUCCCCCCUUCCCCCCUCAUCGUCCACUUCACAAGGAUCGACUUUGGUCUUCUCCUCGACAUCAUCAUUCACCACCUUAUCUUCUGGCCCCAGUUCCCCAUCAUCGCACAAACGCCGCAAGUCGUCGAUAUGCAGCGACAUCGAGCGUAGACCAAGAAAGGGCGACAAGGACUAUAUCAAGCGCCCUGAAAAUACUUUCAUCCUCUUCCGCAGGAAGUGCUGUGAAGAGCGACAACAAGCUCAAGAAGAGGCAGUAUCAGCAGCAUACGCUGAUGUCCCAACUAAGAAGCGGCGACAAGUAGAUCUGUCAAAAACAAUCAGCCAGCAGUGGAAAGCGCUUUCUGCAGAGGAGCGUCUCUACUGGGAGGAGCAGGCGAAGGAAAAGAAGGAGCACGAGCAGAUGUACCCAAAUUACGUAUAUCGCCCCCAGCGGUCGAAGGAUAAGAAGGGGAAGAAGAGCAAGCGAGGCGAGUUUGAACACGAGACGGAUUGUGAGAGCAGCAUCUCGUUUGUGCUUCCAUUGUCACCCCCGACGGUGAUGAAGCAUGGCCGUUCUGCGUCCGCUCCUACUCCCCCACCUGCUCGGCAGACAAUCCAAGUCCCGACGGUCUACAUGCCUUCGUGUCCGACAUCGCCGUCACUGUUGCCAAUGAUCAGCCGCCGCGCGUCGCAUCCAGACCAUGGAAUGAACUCAUCAGCGUCGCAGUUUGAUUUCUUGCCCCAACAGCAAUUUUCGCACCCUAACGCCUAUAUGUCGGGCGUUGAUUUCGAGUUCGGGCUGACAACCGCUCCCAAGGCCAAUGGAUUCUACCAUGGGAUGUUCGAGAACCCCUCUGCGCCUCAUCCUCUGUCGAUUUCCACCGACAUGUCCAUGCUGCAAGCCAGUCAACAAAUGGUUUCUCCAGUAUCGUCAAUAGCGUCCGCUUCAUCCGGCCCGCAUUCCGGCCCAUAUACGCCCAUAAACUGCAUGCCUUCCGCAUUCUCGUACCAUGAGGAUCUAGCGUCCUGCAUGAAUGAUGGAGAACUAGACUCGCCCAUGUCUGGAUCCCCUCUGGAUAACGUGCACUUCGGGUAUCCCGAGUAUUCUUGGGAAGGACAGGGCGCAUGGGAAAGUCACAGUGACCUUCUUGCUGGAGACGAGUUUGACUUGAGUGCUAUCCCUCCAAUUCAGCUCGGUAUGCCAGGAUGCGGAGGAGAGUUGGCGUCCAUGAGCCAGCACCCGUCGACAUUCAACAUUGACUUUUUGCCUGGCUCCUUCGACGGAUCGUCGAUGGAGGUGCACCAAUAUUCACUCGAGGCGCAAGGGCACGAUACGUUUGAGCAGUUGUUCAACUUUGAAAAUAUGCUUGUGGCACCUGCCGGAUUCUGA